ACAGAAGCCCACAAAAGACGAUCGGCCCGGUUCGCCCAGAGCGCCCUCGGCUCUGAGAAGCGCGUGCUGUCGCCGUCGGGAACCUGCGCCGCCAUCGAUUGCCAAGAGCGAGCCGCGCCCGUACUGACUCGAAGAGAAGGGCAACUUCCUUAGUACAAGUGGUUGAGUUAAAGCAACCUCUGAAAUUCGGGGUCUCCUUAUCUCUGAGCUACGGGUAAUUACGGUAACAGGUGCUUUCCAGAAGAGUGCUCCUGCCCAUCACUCAACACAUGCUGGUGCAGUGCCUGAAAUACUGGAACAGUCAGAGCUGAUGGGCACAUGGAAACUGCAGGAACUGCACAUGCUGUGCUGAUUUUCAGUAUCAGCAUGAUCACCAGCCCGAACUGAUGACAGAUGUUCCAGAAGAAAAUGAUGCUACCCCAGUCCUCUGAACCUAUUACAUUAGAAAAGAUGAAAGGAAGAAAGAAGGGAUGCUCCUUACCUUUAAUGUUUAUCUUGCUGUUCAUCUGUAUCACUGGACAUGCAACUACUGACUUAGAAGACGGCGAAGAAGAGGAUGUUCUGGGUGCUGCUUUUCCACCACUGAAACUAGGACAUUCAGUCUGUGCUAUGAAAGCAGAUGAAGGUCCAUGCAAAGCAAUCCACAUGCGCUAUUACUUCAAUAUUCAAAGCCGUGAGUGUGAAAUAUUUGAAUAUGGUGGAUGCCAUGGCAAUGAAAACAACUUUCUAACACUGGAAGAAUGUGAGAAGACGUGUGUGGUAACAGGCACAGCAAGGGAAAGAAUAAGGUUGCCUCGGAAGAUGAUGUUAGCAAAUAUUAAGAAAGAAAAGCCCAACUUCUGCUUUCAUGAGAAAGACCCUGGAAUCUGCCGAGGCUAUUUUUCCAGGUAUUUCUAUAACAAAGAGACAAAUAUAUGUGAAGUAUUCAAGUAUGGUGGGUGCCUAGGAAACCAGAACAAUUUCAAGAAUUUGGAAGAAUGCCAGACUACCUGUCAAGGCAACUCAAAUCUGUUGCCAAUUGUUCCAGCUGAAGAGCAUCCUAACACUGUGAACAGUAGUUCCCCAGCAGAAGAGCCUCACCAGCCUCCUGGAAUUUCCAGAAAUUUGUUGCCAACUGCUCCAGAUGAGAAAUCCAACACUCUGAACAGUAGUUCCCCAAAGGAGGAGCGCAACCAGUUCCCCAUCUUUUUUGUUAUGCAAGAGGACACAAGAAACAGUUGGAAAAAGCCUGAGCAUUCUUAUCAAGUAUAUCUGUUGGGUUUUUUUGCAUUUAUACUUACUGAUACUUUUGGGUACUGAGUGAUGGUUUACAGAUUGGUUAAGAUUUUUCUGGUUUAUGUGAACUGUAAGAUAAUGGGCAUGUAGGAUAACGUUCCUGUGCUCUUUGCUGAGAAGGGUAUGUCUAACAAAGCUUGGAUGUGUAUUGUGUUCUAUUUCUUGCCUACACUGUGAUCCAAAUGUACUGUUGGGUUGAGGUAAGUUUCCGUGAUAGUUGGAUUUGUUUGUUUACCACAUAAGAAGUAUCAAUACACUGUUAUUAAAAUGACUGGACAUAAACCAGUUAAGCUUUUAGCAAGUUAUUCCACUAAAAAAUAUUAGAUGUAAGAGUGUAUAAGUUCCCUGCAGGCUUUUACUAUAAUGCAAAUCCUCAAAUUGCUAAAGCAACUAAUCUAUGCAAGCAAAGGGGUGUGAUUCACUGUUUUCUGAGAGGAAACUGAAGGGUUCUUGGUUUUGUCAGCAAUAGUGAAUUUUCUGGUAGAGCAGAUUUUGGGAGGGAGUGGUGAGGGUAAGAGAAAGACAAGACUUGAAGGCUGGUAGAAGAAAGGGUUGGGGUCCAAGGAUGGGUGGAUUCAGUGUAGCUGGAUGGGUUGGGUAAGAAGCAUGACCUUGGAAGGACCGGUGUGUUUCAGUGAAAAGUCUGCUGGGAUGGGCUGAAAACCUGUGCUUUUGUGCAAUCCCGCUACAAGAGGAGGAAAAGGCAGGGCCAAAACUGGUAGCUGAUUUCUCCACAGAGAUGUGGAGAACAUAGCUUCCAUUCUGCUGUUGCUAGAGGUGUAAACUGAAGGUGCAUGAUCGAGACGUCUCACACAAACACAUGCUGUGACUCUCCGUAGCCCUCAGCAAGGGACAAGAACCUGGCUGUGCACAUACAAGCUCAGGAUGGACUGUUCAAGAUGGAGUGGCUGAUGCCCAACUUCUCAGUCAGAAGUACUUGAUCUGUCACUGUAACAUCUAUUUUGCAUGUAUAUUGGCCUGUCUGUCGUCGUCUAUUCAAAUACAUUACUACCAUUAAAAAAAAAUUGCAAGGAGUUGUCUGCUGUAGAAUACCUUACCUCACAAUUGAAAUGCUAUUUCAUCUUGAUUUCAAGAAAAAAAUAGAUAUUAUUGGUGAUAUGUAUAAAUCUAUAAUGAUAGUAGGUUGUUUUCCAACAAAGUUCUUGAUCUUGAGAAAAUUAAACUCUUCUAUGGCCAAACAAAA